ACUCCAACACCCCCUCCAAUCCACCCCACUCCAACACCCCCUCCAAUCCACCCCACUCCAACACCCCCUCCAAUCCACCCCCCCCUCCUCCACCCCACUCCCCCUCCAAUCUCCAACACCCCCUCCAAUCCAUCCCCCUCCAACAGCCCCUCCUCCCCACCCCCCACUCUAACAUGCCCAACAGCCCAGCCCACUCAAAGACCCUCAACCGCCGCCACUCCACUGAAAUGCCGCCCAUCCAUCCCCGCUCUCUAA